CCCCCCACGUCAGGCUUUCACGCGGCUCCUCGUAUUCUUUUAUCUUCAAGUACCUCAACGCUACGUCAGCUCAUCGUGCACUGUAUUCCCUCACCACUGUAACGCUACCGACGCUGCAAGUUCAGGACUGGCAAUCGCAUAGGAUUAUACACAAGUCAUGGAGCACCCUCGUCAGAUCGCUGUUCUCCCCGCUCACGAGCACCAUGAGCCAGUCGCUGAAUUCGACUGGGACGCAUAUUACUGGGCCCCAGUCCCCAGCAAACAUAUCCCGUUCCCUCUCCCUCUCUCCCUAUCAACUCGUAUCUCCCUCGACAUCUUGUACUAUGUUCUCGAGAACCUCGACUCCGAGAUGGAUCGGUCGUCAAUCACGCUUGUCUGCAAGGAGUGGUACCGGUGCUUCGGAAGUAUUCGCUACUCCGACCUCUGCAUCCGCGACCGCGAAGGUCUCCACUCGCUUCUCGCCCAGUAUGCCCGCUGCGAACGGGUGAGGCGCCGAUUCCGUAGCACCACGACACUCCGGAUACAACAGCGCGACGGCAGCUUGGAAUCCUUCUGCGAUACCGUCCCUCUAGUCCUGGGGAUGCGCAUGCCUGCUGUGCACACCCUCGUCUUCCACGGAUGCAUACGCCCGUCUAUGCAUCCGACCUUCGCAAAGGGCUUACGCCUCUUCAAAUCUAUCCGUUGUCUCGAGCUCUCGACCUUCAUAUUGGGCAGCCUCGGAGGACUAUAUCGCAUACUCGUUGGGUGCCCUUUGCUUGAAGCGUUGAUCCUACGCGAUGGGGAAUACAGGUGGCCAUACCCCGCUCAAACGGCCGCUCCUUCACGCACGCCAUCGCAAAAUGUACAUCUUCCAGAACUCAGACGGCUCGAGCUGCGCAACCUUGAAAUCUACUUGUUCGACUCGCUGGUGGACUGGCUCGCGCGUACAGCGUGCUGUGAGCACAUCACGCAUUUGACGAUCUCCGAGUUCGCUGGCGUCGGUGCCCAGCUCUCGACACGACUUCUAGAAGCAAUAGGUCCUUCGUUGGAGCAGCUUUGUCUAGUGGAUAUACCGAUGCGCCCGUAUCUCCACGCCGACGACAACGCUCCUAAUUUGGGGUCGAAUUCUAACAUCACACAAGUAGAUGUUGAGAUCGAGGCGGUCUCGGACAUCGAGUCUUUCAGAAGACUAGUGACUUCCAUGGAUGGUCACACGGACGACCGCAUGCGUUUCGUACGGUCCUGGUGGCCGAUCCUCAGUACAGUACCACAAUCCGCGCGACAAAGGUUUCGCCUCAACGUCAUCCGAAUGGGAUGGGAUAUCUUCGCCCGGGGAUACUCAAAGCCCAUCAAGAGAACCAUGGAUGAGGAGGAUCUGUUCCGCCUACGGUUGUGGGACGGUGAACCAAGUUGUGGGCAUGACUCGAGGCUACUAGGCUACCGGUGCAGAUACAUCGUUGAGGAUGUUGCAGACUGUUACCGACACUUGGAGACCAGCCACUCCGCAAUACCGCCCAUACCCCAGAUGAGCUUGUUCCCCGCUCUUCGGCGGGGAAUGGUGAUCUGUACGUGCGGUAUUGACCUUGCACAGCCCAAGUUCCCAUGCAUCGGGACUAUGCUCGCUCUCCCCGUGGUUGUUGCCAAACACUUUGCUAGCCAUCACCCAGUCCACUGCCGAUGGCUGGACGGGAUGAGUCGGUGCGAUAUUCCGGUAGACCCUUCCCGGAAGGCCCUGAUGGAACAUAUUGCCACGUACCAUAGACCAAAUCUGCCGUACGACGACCUGGCGAUGCAAGACCUCAGACCGCCGUUAUACGAGGAGGCCUGUGAAGCGCUCUCACGCCUUCCUCAAUAUGAACGUCGCAAGCGUGCAGCUGAGUUUCGUAUCCGCGCACUACUCAUAACAGACAUGGACCAAAUCAACGAGCUCACGAGGGAAGAAAUUCAUGGACAGCUAGAAUUGCGCUCCUACGAUGACGUCGAGGUCCCUUCGAUCUGGGGACUAUCGUACGAGGAAGCCUUGCAAGAGCUGGGGAAAGCAAUUCAGCGUGGGCAUACCCGCACAUGGUAUACUUGAAUCGUUCUCGAAUGUGCCCCGGCGUUUCUUGCGUGGUACCGUGCUUGUAUGCAUCCAAGGAACAGGGGUUGUAACCCUCCGUACACUG